AUGACGCGUGACGUCGCGUCAAUUCCGGCGCGUCGCGCGAUUUCAACUGACCUUCUCACACAUAUCAUGUCAGAGGUUCUGAACUCCAGCGCAGACGUCGCUGUGCAGGCGACUAAUGUUCGCGCAGAAUUGAAAGUCUGGGAGAAGGCUUUUGCCUCCGCAAAUGGGGGCAAGAAGGCAGGACGCGACGAUAUCAAACAGAACGCGGAGAUCGCCGCAAAGUACAAGGAGUACAGUCGUUUGAAAGCCCUAGAGGCAUCUCUACGUCGACGUGAGAAUCGUCCGCAAGAACCUUCGGACAGCCACUCCAAAAAGCGGAAACAUGCGUCACCACCUGGUCAAGAAGCAUAUCAGCAAUCCACACCGCGCAAGUCGUCGAAAGGCCUUUUCGCAACCCCCUCAAACAAUCGCACUAGACUUCAUCCUGCAGACCUCGAUCCCUAUGACUCGCCAAACACAUUGCGCAGGCUCUUCAGCCCUUCCGCACACCGCGAGGGACUACCUGCUCCAUCCCCACUGAAGACUGCGAUUGGCCCAACGCCACAGCGCGAUGGAAAAACUCUCGGUUUGUUCGAUAUGCUAUCUGAAUCCGGGGGGAGUCGUGACACGCCCAUGGCCAAGAGGCAGACGAAUAACCUCUCUGCGGCCUUCCGGACACCAUCCAAAAAGAGGCCUGUGGAACCUAUUCCAGAGCUUCCCGAAGAAGAGCCGCAGCAAGAAACGCCAAGGCUGGCGCGAACGCCCGCAUCGGAAACUAAACAGUUCUACCUCGCGAAUCUGUUCGCGACACCGACGACCAUGCGAUACGCAGCAAUGGUGGAGGCUGAAGAUAACAAGGAGGCACAGGACGAUCACUUGCGGAUGCCUACGCAAAUGUCACCACCAGCUCUAUCGGGGACGCCGUCUUUUCUUCGUCGCUCCAAUUCCGGUCGAUACCCUCCACCCACUGCAGGGCCGGAUGGACCUGGUCUUAGCCCCAUUGCGUCGCGCAAGCCGCAAAGAUUCGCCAGCAAAGGCCUGUCUCACUUGGUUCAAGGUCUAAGGGAUAUGGAGGAAGAUCGCAUGGAAGAUGACUGGGAUGUGAUGCGCGAGAUGGAAGAGGAGGCCGAAGCAGAAGAGGCAGCUAAAAUGCAAGGCGAGGACCAAGGGCCAGACGUCAACCGAAAGUACAAGAAGAAGGGUCAGAAGCGGACGACUCGACGGGUUAUUAUGAGACCGGUUGUUCAUCAACCAAAACCAAAGGCAAAUGUACCCCAAUCGACUGCCGUUGAGGAUUCCGGCAGUGAAGACGAACUUGCUGGUGUCCCCGAGACACAGAUUGUGCGUCCUGCUGAAGAAGAAUGGGAUGAUGUUCCCAGUGACAUUGAACGGGCCGAAGCUGCCGCUGCUGAUGCCACGCCGGAGCCUGAAAUUGACACCGAGGAAGAAUACGACCAUGACUCGGACGAUGAUCCUGAAUUCGGGGGUUCUAAACCUGCUUCUAAGCCGAAGAGUUUCUCGGAGCGAAUCAAAGAAGCUGUUUCAUCUUCUGCUGCGAAACCUAAAGAGCAGCCGACUCUAGGUAAACCGCCAAAGACCUCUACCUCUGAGGCCUCGGAGAAGAAGCCUCGUCCUCGGAAGGUAAACCCCCUGACUCAUGCAAACUACCGGUCUGUCAACAUCAACCGGGGAGGUUCUUCUAGGGGAAGAGGCCGCUUCCGUCGGAGGUAG